CUCGACUUCAUCCCGCAAAUUAAUUCUAUCUAAAAACCUCCACACCUCCAUACCAAACCGCUUCUUCACACCGAACCAGUUUAAAAUUCAAGGACUCACCCAACAAACGAAUACCACCCACUACCUCCCGCAAGAUAAAAUUUUCCUUUCAACCGCCGCAACAAUGGCCACCAAACCACCGUCAGCAACGACAACCCGCAUAACCCACAUCCUCAAACACUGGCCCGUCGACAAAGUCCGUCCCGCCUCCGUCUCCAUCCACAACUACCUGCAAUCCCGCCUCCCCCAACAGUCCACCACUGCCCCGACAGCCCAAGCCCAAACACCCGGUUCGCAACAGACCCCCCAAAUCCAAGGCCUCUCCAAAGCGAAUCUUGACGCUCUCUCCUCCCUCCUCGAGAACCGGUACGCGCGCCGAUACCCGCUCCCCCCGCGGCUGCGCCACCCGGCGAGCAACCCCCAGCACUAUGACAAUGUCAUCCGGGAGUUCGAUGAGGCGCCGGAUCGGGAUUGGUGGGGGCGGUUGCGGAAGAGGGUUGUUGGGAUGUUGCGGAUGAAAUAAGCCAGUCACUCUACUUCCCGGAAGGGGAGUGAGGAUGAUCGAUUUGAGGAGGUGGGCUGGCUGUCAGGUGGGCUGGCUGUCUGGCUGAUGGAUGCAGUGUCCUUUACUCUACUUUGUUUCUGUUCUGCUGGGGUUGUAUAACAUGCUGGUGGGUAUUUGAUAGAUUGAAAUGGGGAGAGGCGCCUUGAUAUGCGAUUAUGCCUGGGUUGGGUGUAUGAUCUUUGGAAAAUUUGGAGUUCAAUUGACUCAUUCGGAGGAAUUCGGAGAGGAAAAGAGAAUGGCGGUGGAAAAUCUGUACUUCUAAAGCGACAGAAAAACUUGUAUAUAGAUGUUUUUUCUUUAAUGAUGCGCAGCAAUCAAAAAGUGAUGGGGAAUUUG